AGGAGUGUAUUUGAAGGGGUGACUGAUGUAUGGUACCGACUUAACUUCUGGAGUCAGCAGUUCAGAGAGAUUGAAGGUAUUUCUGAUCAGAAUAUUCCUUCUACACUGUUGAAAAUUUCAGUUUUUUUCAGGAGGGGGGGACCAAAACUUGGUCAGCUUGUUAAGUUGUUUGUUACUGGAGGCGCCAUCGUGCAUAGCAAUUUAAAUAAAACCUGCAAAUUCGGGGGCCGGGCCCUGCUCAAAUGACAUCCCUGCCCCCUACCCCCAGUGGACUCUUGGUAAAAAAUCCCAGCAGUAAUCGAAUUAUGAUCAUCCAAUUUAAAUCUUUAAGUUUUUUAAAAUUCAAAACACUACUUGUCCCCGAAGAAAUUUAAAUCAUACAUUUUACAUCUUUGGGUAAAUGAUAUAGCUAUGUUAUUUUCAACAGAAAGUAUUUACUUAACGUAUUUUUCGGAGGUGAUCUUUUGCCAUUCAGUUUACCUCUUCCAUGUAAUGUGUAAAGCUCCUUUUGAUUCUCAUUAGGCUUUAUAUUAUGAACUACUUAAGCUUUUAUUGAAAUAUAAUGACCAUGCAUGUUGAAUUUGUAUUUUAAUUCCUUUCUCUUUCAGGACAUUUUGGAAUAGCUACCUCAACCUAUUUCAGGUUUACCCGAUGGCUUGUCAACCUGAACUUUGUGGUAUUUUUUCUGUAUCUGUGCUUCAUCUACAUUCCCCAACUCAGCUACAACAGCUUGUACGAGUUUUUGUCACCCAGCAACAUCACCAGCACUGGGGAUUUUUAUGACAUCAUGGUGCGCUGCAGCAAAACGUACACAGAGAAGGCCCACAAUAAGUCGGCAAAUCGAAACUGGCUGACAUUUCUAAAUAUUGCUCAGGGGACUGUGAGUAUAUGGAUAGAAAAAAUAUUGAUUCUAAUGCAGCGGGUCUCAACCUGUGGGUCGAGCGACCCUUUCACAGGGUUUGCCUAAGACCAUUGGAAAACACAUAUACUCUACAGUUAUGAAGUAGCAACGAGGGGGGGUCACCAAGACUUGAGGAACUCUAUUAAAGGGUCCCUGCAUUAAGAAAGUUGAGAACCACUGUUCUAAUGAUGUCUAAAUUACCAUUUUAAUUGAUAACUCUGGGAUAUACUAAAUAUUUUUCUGUAGGAUAUUUGCAGCCCAAUGUUUUUGCCGUUCCUAAUAUUUAUAUUCAUUCAUUUGGUUUUAAAAGAAUUAUUUGCCAAUAGUAAUAUUGUAGUUUUUAAAAUAAUACAAUGUUCAACUAUACUUAUUCAGUUUGAUGAAUUGGGAAUAUUUUUUCAAGGGCUUUCUGGAAAACACAAUGCUAUUUUAUGGAUAUUAUACAAACUUGACGUUCACACUUGCCGGUGAGAAAAGACCAAACGACAUGAGGUACAACAUGGGACUGGGAUACCUGCUCACCGUCGGAUUCAGUUUUAUUGUGGUCUUCAUUAUGAUUGUUAAAAAGUAGGUCAUCCACUUUUCAAUGUCAUUGCCGUAUUUUGUGAUCCUAUUAGAAAUAUGAUCUGAGAACUUAUCACAUAAACUUGGUGUCACAUUGUCAACUUUAGAAGCCUGAAAAUCUUUGGUUCCAUCUGUCUAAUGGUGUAACACCCAUAAAAAUAUAUUGUUCUCCCCCCCCCCGGCAAAAAUCUAUAGUUCUGACUAACGAUGUAAAACUCCAGCAAAAAUGUAUAGCUCUGUCUAAUGGUGCUAUACCCCAGCAAAAAUUUUUAGUGCUGUCUAAUGAUUUAACACCCCAGCAAAAAUAUGAUGAUAUCAUUAAUUUCAUUGUAAAGAUUGAAUUUCUUAUAAAUUUAAAAAAGAAAAAGAACAAAAUAUUUCAAUAUGACUAAACCCUAAUUUAAAUUGGAGACACCUUUUAAAAACAAUUGUGGAAAAACUGGUUCCUCUUACUGCUGAAAUACUGGUUUAAUUAUUGGCAGAAGACUCUAAGAAAUAUUAUUACAAAUGUAUUUUAAUUUUAGAAAAAAAUCACUCAUACAGAGCCAUCCAUAAAUAACUUCACACUAUUUUGGCAGAUUUUUACAUAAAAUUCGACACCUUUAUCACAUGUUUUGACAAAUUUGCUAAUGCUCCCUACACUACCUCUAUGCCUGACUUGACUUAUGGAUGGUCCCUGUGGUAAAUUUACUUUGUUGAAUUGAUUUGUCAUAAGGCAUUUUUUGGUUAUAUCUGCUUCUCUGUCAUCUCAGCUCAAGCACAACAAUAAAGGAAACAGUAAUUGACUUUGACAACAAAAUAUUCCCAAUGUACACCAACUCUACAUUUGGAGGCUGGGACUACUGUAUAAACAGUGAAAAAAUGGCCAUCUACAAACAGAGGAUUAUUUACAAUGAAUUCAAGGUAGGCAUGGUGAAAUUAAUACCAAGCCAUUGACAGUCUUGCCAGCACAUUUAUCAGCACUAUUUGAAAUGUAAGAGGGAGUGAAAACAAAUGAAUAAUAAAACCUGAGAGUUUAAACAUGAAGCACAUCUCAUGGUACGGGUUUUGUGUGAAUCUUGAGGCAUUUCAAUUUUUUUAUUUUAAAAGGUCUUAGCAUUUUUUCGUUAUCUAUUUCUCUGGUUAACAGUUUCAAUAGUUGUAUUUAACGUUGUAUCAAUUCCUUAAAAAAUGGUCUUAAUUUUUUUUACUUAGUUCCAAAGACAAAUAAUAAAAGCAUUAAAGCAACUUUUGAAAACAAUUGAUAGUUAAUGGCCCGAUUCAAUUUAAAGAAAUUAUUUGAAUAACUCCUUAUUCGCUACACUGCUAGAAUUGGAAUUACUAUCCUUAUAUCUAUUUGCUACACUGCUACUCCUUAUAUCUAUUUGCUGCACUGCUACUCCUUCUAUCCAUAGGCUACACUGCUACUCCUUCUAUCCAUAGGCUACACUGCUAGAAGUAAAGUUAAAAAGAGUUCGAGAUAACAGGACAACCAAGGAGAAAAGUCGACUUUACUUGAAACGAUUUGUCAUCAAUUUAGUGGUCCUGGCCUUGCUUGCUGGUGCUUUCUAUACAAUAUACGUGACAACAGACUUUUUAAUCAGGGUGAGCAAAGUUUCUUUAACAGAAUAUCACACAUUACAACAGUCCAACUUAAUCACACACCACAAGAAAUACAACUUACCAUGCACCACAAGAAAUACAACUUAUCACACACUACAACAAAUACAACUUAUCACACACUACAACAAAUACAACGAAGCACACUACAACAAAUACAACGAAGCACACACUACAACAAAUCAAACUUAUCACACACUACAACAAAUCCAACAAAGCACACACUACAACAAAUGCAACUUAUCACACACUAGAACAAAUGCAACUUAUCACACACUACAACAAAUGCAACUUAUCACACACUACAACAAAUUCAACUUAUCACACAACAACAAAUGCAACUUAUCACACACUACAACAAAUGCAACUUAUCACACACUACAACAAAUCCAACUUAUCACACACUACAACAAAUGCAACUUAUCACACACUACAACAAAUCCAACUUAUCACAAUAAAACCCACUUGUAAAAUGUUAACUUGUGUGUCAACAGAAUCAAACGGAAAACCUCAGCGAUAUUCUCUUCUUGCUCAUCAAUUACCUCCCAUCUAUAGUUAUAUCAAUGCUGAAUGCUGUUAUACCAGAAAUAUUCCUUGCACUCUCCACGGUGGAGCAGUACUCAAACAGCUUUUCCACUCACAUCACCAUCAUCAGGUACUGGAAACUCUUCAAAGUUCAAGUAACUUUCAUACAUUUCUUCUUGGUGCUUACUGAGUUUUUUUAGCACUAGAUCUUAUGUCAAUAUACUUUUGGAAGGUCAAUGAGUUUUUUGUCAGCAUAACUGUAGGUAAGGGACUGUAGGUAAGGGAAUGUAGGUAAGGGACUGUUGGUAAGGGUCGGUAGGUAAAGGACUGCAUUUCAAUAUUUUUAAACUAGUAGGAAAUACGUUACUCAAAAAAUUUACCUUUAAAAAUGUAUAAAACUGUAAGACAAACGGUUCAUAAAUGGAAUGCCAUAUCUAAGAUUAGAACAAAGGUUAAACCUUAAAAACCCUGUGUCAACACCAGUACCUUGUUUUGUGUUGCAUCAAUGUCUAAUGAUAUAUGUGCUUUAAUGAGAAGGUUAUAUUAGAACUCUUUAUUUUUCUUAAAUUUGUGUACAACUAUCUUUAAUAUUUGCUUUUUCCCACAAUUUCUUUCUCUGUUUUUUUAGGGCAGUUUUCUUACGACUCUCCAGUGUAUGGGUCCUCAUUGUAUCAUUGUAUUAUAGACUUCAAUACCAAGGAAGGAAUCCUUUUAAUUGUCCUGAAGAAAACAAAUAUAAUGUAACACGUUGUUGUGGGAAUGCAUUGUGGGAAAGCAUAAUAGAAAAUGAUCAACUGGAGAGGGGAACAGUGCAGGUAAUUUUACAUUUCUUGAUUAAUUGUAAAACUUAUAUUUUGGGCUAACUCUCAUAAAUUGAAAUAAUUUUUGUUAAUCAUGGUAAUUAUAUGAUAGUUUUUUUUUUAAAAUCAGCAAUUUGACAAUAAAAAAAGUCAAAUUUCCACCGUGUCUAUUCUAAAAAAUGUAAUUGUCUUUUUUUUUUCUUGUAUUUGUAUGUUAAAAUUAAAAGUAAUAUAUUUAUUAAUGUAUAAAACUGUAUUUUAUCAUAUGUAUGUACAAAUUUUUGCCUGAUCAUCCAUAAUGUUAUUUAUUUUCAUACACAGUGCUGGGAGAGUUAUGUCGGUCAACAGUUUUACAAAUUAUGCAUAACAGAUUUUAUCUCUGUGACAUUAAUUGUUUUAGCAAUCAAAAUACCUCGCAGGUAAAGCAUUAAAAAUUAGAUACUUAACUGUUAACCAAAAUUAAAUUUUUUUUGACUGAUUGUUAAACUGUUUUCCACUGGUUUACAACAAAAUUCACUCUGAGCUUUUUCUUCAUGCAUAUUUAAAAUUUAUAUGCUAUACUAUAAAGAACAGAAUUUGAUUUUCUUUUUCAUUAAGACAUGUGUCUCCAUUGUGAUUUAUAGAAGGGGAUCAAAUUGGUAUUAUAUUUGAUAUGUAAAAACCUAACUUGAAAGGUUAAUAUUGUGUCAUUCCAGAAUAAUACACCACCAUUUUCAACACAAAUUUUGGAUUGUAAAAAAAUUUGGUAGAUCCAAAUUCGACCUUCCACUGCAAGUGCUUGAUAUUGUGUAUUCGCAAACUGUGUGCUGGUAAAUAUUACAAACUAGAUUCAAUUUUGCAAAAGUAUGGGAUUAUUAUAAUUUUCUAUGUUUAUAGUGUGUGACAUUUUUGGCAUGAUACAUUUUAAUUUUUAAUUUUCAAAUGUGCUGUAAAUUUCAUAGAUACUAACUUUUGAGAAUGAUAGAUAAAAUUGUCAUUUGAGGUGGGAAAAAAUGUUGCUGCAAGCAGUAUUUUAACAAAAUCUCAGAACUGAGUCUAGUAAUUACUCUAUGAACACAACACAUGCUGUAGUCAUGAGUUUAAUCAGAAAUGAAAUGUUUAGGAUGUUACAUUUAAAAAGAAGCUAUUACCACCUUAAUGAUUUAGUAGUCACACCUACCAAAAAGCUGUUCGUUCACUUGAUAAUAAUGUCGUUAGCUUCUCUUUUAGCCGAUAAAUGAUUUUAUAUGUCAAUGGUUCUUUUGAGAGGUGAUCAAAUAUUAUUAGACUUAUGUAUAUGAAUUAGAUAUUUUAAAUACAAGAGAUACACCAGUGUUCUUUAAUCUUGUAUAAUUUAUAUUUCAACAGGAUGGGUAUGUUCUUUACACCAUUGCUGCCUGCUUUAACAUUUAUCAAAGUAUUUUACUUCUUUUUCUUAAAAAAGGUGAGUUUGUAUAUUUUGAUAUUUCUAUAUUUUGGUAAGAAUUUGUAUAUCUUGGUGAGAGUUUAUAUAUCUUUUCAAAGGAUGAUCAAUGUGCUGACAAUCAUUUGUUUCUUUUUUAAAAAACAUUAAUGAAUUUUGGAUUUCACAAUAUAUUUUACUAUUGAUAAACAAAAUGUUCCUGAUUUAGUUAAAUAUUAGUGAUACAUGUUAUUUUAUUUCAGAGGAAAACAAUUCUUUUUGAUAAGUUUCUUUUAUUUAUUUUUUUUUUCAGUUUGAACUUCUCUCUGUAGCUGAAGCUCCUCAGAUAGCAUACAGAGCAUCACGUUCUUAUUCAUUCUUUCAGACAGUUCUCUUGUUAUCAUUCAUCGUCAUCUCAUGUUUGUUAGGUUACAUGAUUGGAAAGUGAGAGUUUUUUUAAAAAUCAUUUUUAUAACUUACAACCAUUUAUAGCAACUGGUUACAUUUUGCCUUUAGCUUAUGUUCUUAAACUUUCAGUUUAAUCAUUUGAAGUCAGCCAUCAUUUAUAAUUACCUACUGUACCAAUUACGGUACCAAAUAAAUUUGCAAAAAACAAAAUGUCAUAGUUUCUAAGAAAAAAUUAUUUUUUUGAGGAGUCAUUUUGAGCAUUUAUUUAUAAUAUCUUAUCUUCUCCAGUUUACAUCCAUCCAUGAGUUGUGGCCCUUUCAGAAUUUACUCUAAACCCGAUUUUGUCAUGUUUGACGUCAUUACCAAUGAAAUUAAUUCUUGGCCCAGUGUGCCGCAAGGAAUCAUCAAGUAUUUUGGGACCAUUGGAUUUUAUGUUCCUGCUUUCAUAAUUGCCUUGUGAGUAAACAUGUUCUCUUUGAUUGAAACAAAUAAACAAUCUUUAAGCAAAUCUUAAUGACUGUUUUUGCUGCUCAGAAACGACUAAAGUUAACCAUCUUUUAACAUCUGUUAAAAUCAAUUUUAAAGUAAUAUUAAUUAAAGCUUUUUGUAUUAUAAAAUAUAUAAUAUAUUUUUUUGCCAUGAAAAAUUAAAUAAUUGUAAUUGGCCAGCAUGUAUUUCUAUUUAUUUUGUGUUCAGUUUCUUGAAUCUUGAUAAGUUUUGAAAGAUAAUUAUUUUUAUUUUUUUGUGUGGAAUGUUUAAAGGUUGUCAAUCUACUAUUAUCUGGCUGUUACAGCUGGUUAU